CUUCCGGAUGUCGAUUUCCACUAAAAAUCAGUAAAAUGCCAAGUAAAAAGAAGAAAUACAACGCCCGUUUCCCUCAUGCACGUAUCAAGAAGAUAAUGCAGCAAGAUGAGGAAGUUGGAAAAGUUGCUGCUGCUGUUCCUGUCAUCAUUUCUAAGUCCCUGGAGUUAUUCAUUGAUGCUCUGAUGUCUGAGACGAGUAAAACUACGAUUGGUCGGAAUGCCAAGACCCUGACAGCGUCACACAUCAAGCAGACAAUAGAGUCUGUGAAGCAGUUUGACUUCCUCAAGGAUCUGGUUGCCAACAUAAAAGAUGUCGCUGAUAACGAGGGAGCGGAAGAAGAGGCCAGUAAUAGUGGAGAGGGCACAUCAGUGUCAACAAAGAGGCCCCCAAGCACGAACAAAUCUCACAAUUCUGGAGCUAAAAAAGGACCUGGAAGACCAAAAAAGAUGAAGCUUGAUGAUAAAAGAAGUACAGAAUCUGAUAUAUCCGAGGAAGAAACGGAAGAUGAAUCAACAGAAGAUGAAAUUGAAACUAAGAUUGGAACACCGGCAGGUUUUUCACAACCCAUGUUUCCAAACACUACAACACUACCACCAACUAGUAUUGAGCAGUCCAUGUCUGCUGACACAGAGAGUACACCAAUGAGUAGUUUUCCACCAUCCACAUCUGCUAACACCUUGAGUGAACCAAAUAUUAGCGAGGUUAAACCCAUGUUCGUAGACACCAAGAUGGAUGCUGCUGGUUCUAUUGCUCAGAGGCAGCCGUCUGCCUCGCCUCCAGGGACCCCUUAUACGCAGUACAAACCUUUGGAGGCCUAUAUUCAGAACAACUCAGGACCUACAAUGUUAUCGCCACAAUCAAAGCAUAAUAAAACUCUAAAUGUUACAUCUGUGGGCGGGUUAGAAGUGCAGCAUGGGAAUGCAGAGGGACCUCCUUUCCAAGGAGUGAGUGGAGGUAAAGUUUCAGACACCCUUCUCCCAGGGAGUAUCCUCCCAAAGGAGGAAAUCUAUGGACAGAAUAGGGAGCAUUCUCCUAUGGACUUAGAUGUUUCUAGACCACCUGAAAGCACUAUAGCACCUGGUAUUGAUUUGUCAGUAAAGUUGAAGCAUGAGACACCUGAAGUUUCUAAUACAAAUAUGCAUAGUCAAGAACAUUCAAUAAAGAAUGAAACGGAAGCAUCUGAUCAAAAUCAAGGAGCAGGGAUACCACCCCCUCUGAUCCCAGACCCUAAACAAGUGAAUAAUGCCACCCAGUUGCCAAAUCCCCCUCCCCUAGUGAAACACAGGGAUUCAUCAGAGAUUCAAGGUACAACCCAACCUGGAUUAGAAAUGUUGAAAAAGAGGUUUGGACAGGUUCCUUAUUCAGACAGUAAUUCGAGUGAUAAAUUUGAUCCGGAGAAACACGGUUCAACGCAGGAUUCUCCCAUUAAUAUGACAAUCCGAGGCUCAUCUUAUGCCAAGCCAAGUCAACCCAGUGCAUCCCUUGGUGGCUUCUCUGUUGCAAGUCUCAUAGGGACUCCAAACAUUAGUAAAUCAAGUUCGCCUCCUAGGCUUGAUCCCAAACCACAUAAUAACAUCCAAGGGGAAUCAAGGGUUCAGGGGUCUCCCUGUAGAGAUAUGGAUAAGAAUUUACCCACAGCUGGGAUAUCGAAACCUUCCCAUAAUCCAAUGAUGAAUAGUGUUCAUAUUUUCUCUGAAGCAAAUAGGGAUGUUCAUCACCAUACAGCUCCCCCUAGGGAUGAUAGAGUGCCCCCUAGGGAUGAUAGAGUGCCCCCCAGGGAUAUCUAUCCCUCUAUUCUACCACCCAGGCCUGCCCAUAGUGGAAGUCCAAUGCGGUCUGACCCCAGGGAGCUGUUGUAUCUCCCAAGGGAUGCACCCCAGGAGAGGAAACUCCCAGGGCUACCAAGACCAGCUCAUAGUGGAAGUCCUAUGUCAAGUAGGGAUGGCAAUCCAGAUAUUAAGCACCCGGCAUUGUGCCACCCAAGACCUGCCCAUAGUGGCAGCCCGACCCUUGACCCUAGAGACAGGUUAUUGCAUAUGAGCGAACAAGGCCGACGCCACUCAGAAGCAUUUCUCUCUCGUGAAUUGCCCAAAGAUAGGCAUUUUCCACAUAAUGAACCACCCCAUGAAAGGAAUAGGGAGUCACCCAAAGAAAAAUCCUUUAUCCCUAGAGAGUUACACACAAGGGAUUCCCACCAGGAAAGGGGAGUUCCCCCAAGGGAACAAGCGCAUCCAUAUUCAGCCCAAGAAAGGGGUUUCCUAACACAGGAGAGACGUCACUCAGAUGCUGAUAUAUCUAGAAUGGGGCAUGUUGGGAAUCACAUGCAAGCUCCUUUGGCUGGUCGCCCUAGCAACCCAAAAUCUCCUGGAGAAGAAGUGAAGAAUGGAGAGACCUCUGGUGAUAAAGAGAAACCUCUCCCUAAGAUGUCACUAGCAGAGGCUCAAGCUAUAGCAGAUGAGAGAAUUGCUCAGAUGAUGCCCGGAGCCUUUGGAUUUGGUGGCCUUCCUAUGAUGAUGACACGACCAGGCAUGCCAUAUCCCAUGGGCCUAUCACCACAAAUGCCAAUGCUCCCAUAUAUGGGCCUCCCUGGUUUGAAUCCUUAUGGGAUACCAGGUAUGCCUCCUGUAAGCCACCCCGGGUUAUUCCCUGGAAUGCCUGCUGGGAUGUUCUCUCCUUCGAGUCAUUUGACCCAACCAAGGCACCCUUAUGAUAGCUUAGAUUCACCAAAGAAGUAA